GUGACCUCUGUGAGCCAAUCAUGGCCAGCAGGGCGGAGUCGAUCAGCCCGUUAAACGUACACGAACAUCCGGAACCUUCCGGAUCACCGGACGCCCCCCUUACCAAGACCCACCAGGUCCUCAAAGGAUCGUCGGCCGUUCCUCCACCUCCGCCGCCCCUCCCUCCACCUCCGCCCCUGGACCCGACCCAGCCCGACCAGCCGCACGGCUCGCGCAGGAAGAGGCGUGUCCGCAGCUUCUACUGGAAGACCAUCCCGGAGGAGAAGGUCAAGGGGAAGUCGAAUAUUUGGACGCUGGCGGUGAGGCAGCAGCAGUACCAGAUCGACGUGAGGACGGUGGAGGAGCUGUUCGGCCAGCAGGAGGAGGGACGGGCGCAGGCGGGGCGUCUCCGACCCGUCAAAUCCAGGGGUUCCUUCAAGGAGAGCAAAGAUGAGAUCAGCAUUUUGGACUCGAAGAGGGGGAUGAAUGUGGGAAUUUUCCUCAAACAGUUCAAAAAGUCGAAUAAGGCGAUUGUGGAGGACAUCCGACUGGGUAACAGUAAUCCAUACGGAGCUGAAAAACUGAAGGAACUGCAGAAGCUCUUACCAGAAGAAGAAGAGAUAAAAAAGUUUAAAGAAUUUAACAGAGAUCCUGCAAAGUUGACUCUGAUCGAUUCGUUCAUGUUCAUGCUGGUCCAGAUACCACGGUUUGAUGUCCGGAUCGAGGCGAUGGUCCUACAGGAGGAUUUUAUCCCGUCCUGUGCAGCCAUGAGUCGAGAAAUUAACAUCAUGCGGGUGGCUACAAACGAGUUGAUGACGUGUGAGGAGCUUCAUGCCAUCCUGCACUUGGUGCUCCAGGCUGGAAACAUCAUGAACGAUGGAGGAUACGCCGGGAACGCUGUGGGCUUCAAACUCUCCUCACUGCUCUCGUUAGCCGAUACCAAGGCCAACAAGCCGGGCAUGAACCUGCUUCACUUCGUAGCUCUGGAAGCUCAGAAGAAGGAUAAAAAUCUGCUGGAGUUCCCAGAGAAGCUUCCUCAUGUACAGAGUGCAGCCAGGAUCUCGGUGGAGAACGUGGAGGCAGAAUUCUCCUCACUGAGCACCAGGAUACAGUCGCUUCAGGAGAAGAUCCAGGAGGAUGCAGAGCUACAUCUGCAGCUGGAUCCGUUCCUGCAGAGCUCCACCCAGACCCUGCAGGACCUGAGACAGCGCAGUCUGGACCUCCGCAGGGAGGGAAGCGUCCUUAUCGACUUCCUCUGUGAAGACAAGGACACCUUCAAGCUUGAUGAGUGCUUCAGGAUCUUCCAGGACUUCUGUAUCAAGUUCAAUAAAGCUGUGAAGGAUAACCUGGACAGGGAGUUGAAAGAAGCAGCGAGGAUGCAGCGCCUCCGUGAGCUGGAAGAACGGCGCUACUCCUGGGCUUGCAAUCAGAAUUUCGGUCGUAGCAGCAGCGAGAACGACGUCGAAGUUCUGACCAAGGAGGGUCUAAUGGACUUCUUAAUGUAUCCCAGACCCCACAGCCCCCACAGUCCACUGGGACGCUCGGCGAGCGCCCGGCGUCACCGGCACACCAUCCCAGCCGACAGCGCCAGGUUCUGCAGCCUCCCGAGAUCGAGCCGCCCUCACCACAGAAAGGCUAUCGCGUGGCUAACUCAGAACGACAACCGAGAGCUGGAGACGUACAACCAGCUCCCGGCGACGUCUCCCAGAGCCGAGAGCGAACCUGUUAGCUCCAGGGCCAGGUUCUACCUAUCAGACUCUCCUGUCGACAACGAGCCUCACGAUAAUAACAACAGGUCCGCUUUCACACACAACAUGAACAUCCUGGAGAAGCUUCAGACUGAAGGUGUUGGGAAGAUGAACGUCCACGUGGAGAAGCACACGUUAGUACCGGGGCCUCGAACCUUCGAACUGUCGAAUCCUAACGAUCACGCAAGUUCCAAACCACGGGACGCACAGGACAACGUUCUCCUGAUAGACCUCGAGGAGGAGGGAGAAGUUUCCAAACCGAGUGUUCUCGAUACCCCGCCAUCAUCAAGUAAAGGUCCUGAGGAGGCAUCACAACCAGGUGAAGAAAGCGACAGCAAAAUGAGUACUUCUCACCAAGAGGAGGAGGACAACAGCACCGUGUCCUCCACAACAUGCAACACACCUCUGCCUCUGGAUCCAUCGCUGUCCAAUAACAAAUCGAUAACGUACAUCAUCGACUGCACUGAGGCUGACUGCUCCGUCAUGGUGGACGUCUCCGAGCUGGAAGACUCAAAACCACAAGAUCCUAGUUCUCUUUCUUCCAAUUUUGAGUCCUUGUCCAUGAAUGAUCCGUCUGUAUCGACGUCUACAGACGAUCCCUUGGCGCACAGGACUGGAGAAGAGCAUCCAAAGUCAGGAACUUCAUCUGUGACCCCUGAUGAGGUGGAUACUCAUGGUUGUGAUGCUGCAGAAGGUAAGAAGGUGGACAGGAAGGCAGCGGAGACCAAGGGUUCCAAACCGGCUGGCUCGAAACACAGGACGGCGUCCAAACCGGCUACCCCUCGUAUAGGUCGCCCUACAAGGACCCUGACGGCAACGGAAACCCAGAACCUGCGCAAGGUGGUACCCAUCAGCCGCUCUGGUAGCAAUGCUAAGAAGGUUGAAAAACCCGUCGCUGAAAACGCAGGAGCGAGACGUCCGCUACGUGACCAGAGCACGCCGGCGAGAAGAGGCGAGAAGCAAGGUAGACCGGCGCGCCAUUCCAGCCUCCCGCCACAGGACUCCAAAGCAGAAAGGACCCGAAGUGCCGCCGGUUCCCACGCGGCGAGAGACGCCACGUCACGCAAGCCGACCGCCAAACCGGUUCGGAACGUCCCCAGACCUCCACCGGAGGAGAAGAUGUGUCGCUCCACUCUCAGAGCCUUGGCCGAAGCGCAGGCUAAAGCUCAGGCCGCGUCCGGAGGCAGCGCCCCUCAAACGCCCAUCAAUGCCCGGAAAUCACCGUCACUACCGAGCUUCGCUCGCAACACCUUCGCGUACACCUCCAGAACCAACCUGCCCACGCAGCCGGCCCCCGGGACCCCAACCAAGAGCUCGACUUUAUCCAGAACGGACUCUCACAGGGGAGCGUCUGGAAGUAAAGCCAACUCUGUAUCUAGUGCACACUCCGCUCAGGGUGAUGGCAAACCGACAGGGUCUAUCAGACGGGUGCAGAGUGUCCGGGCCUCGGUUCGAAACGCCCAACGCAGCGAGACGCCCCCGCCGCAGUCUGGACAGGAGACGAUCCGUAAGGGGAGCAGCGUCUCCGAGAGGUCUGUCCCGACCAGACCGGAUCCUGAGAAAUCCUCCAGCUCCGGCAGGACUUCCAAACCUGUCUGGAAGUAGAACGGUCGUACUAAGAGAGUGUACGAUCAUCGUCACCGUCAGGGUCACGUUGUUCUCCAUACAAGCCUUUCGGUUGAAUGUGUGUAGCUGAAGUUCAAUGUACAUCACUAGCUGCUGUCAAUAUUUGACAAGACAUGUUAGUCGUAGCACUUCAUCCAUACAAGGAUGCGAAUCGAUGCCUUUUCUAACA